GACAGCUGGGGAGGGAGGUGGAGAGGGGUCCACGGAGCUGAAACUCAUUUCUGCUGGUGCAGCCGGAGGCACAGCACAUUGCAAAGGAAUAUUGGGACGCUCAAGGACCGGAGACACACACACAUGGCUAUUGAAUGGACUGCAAUAAUAAACAGUUGUGAACGACAACACAGGAAGGACAGGAGGGUGCAGGACGUCUUCGUUUCACUAACCAAAAGAUAAACUGUAUUUUCUUUAAAUUGUUUUAUUUUUUUCCUGACCUGACUGAUUCCAUCAGGAUCCAUCUGAGAUUACACAAAAUGCAAAAGUAUGGUUUAAAAACAGAGAUGUGAAUAUUUUGAGGAUAAUUUGACCGCAGAAGCAAAUCAUAACCAAACAAAGCAAAGGAACACAUGACAACGCCUACCAUGCACUGACAACAAGGAAUGGAAAGAAUCAGUGCGGAAACAGCCUGGGAUGGGUUAGGUCUCUUCUCCGUGGACGCCACAGGAAGAAACAACUUCUCCUUGUUUGUUACUGAGCUGAACUCCAUCAACGCUUCCCGCAACAGCGGGGGAUCCCUCUUUGGGAUCUUCCCCGAGAAUGGCUCCAAUGCCACGCCUCACGCCCUGCCUCCACCCAGGACGAGGGACCUGGGCCUGGCCCGGGCGGAGAUAGCCGUUCUUGGGGUGGUGCUGGCUCUCACCACCUUGGGGAAUGGAUUUGUGUUGUGGGUGCUUUUGAGGAGGAGGAAGCACAAUGCUCCAAUGCACCAGUUCAUGGUCAACCUGUGUGUGGCUGACCUGGUGGUGGCGCUCUUUCAGGUUCUCCCCCAGCUCAUAUGGGACAUAACAGAGAGGUUUCAGGGGCCUGACCUGCUCUGCCGGUCCAUCAAGUACUUGCAGAUAGUUGGGAUGUUUGCUUCCUCCUAUAUGAUAGUUGCCAUGACAGUGGAUCGGCACCACGCCAUCUGCUGCCCUUUGCAGGCCUACCGUGUUGGGGCGAUGUCCCGCUGGAACACUCCUGUUAUGGUGGCGUGGGGCCUGGCGCUGGUCCUCAGCAUACCACAGGUGUUCAUCUUCUCCCGCUCAGAGGUGGCUCCUGGAGAGUACGAGUGCUGGGGUCACUUUGCUGAGCCGUGGGGACUGAAGGCCUACGUCACCUGGAUGACCGUGGCCGUGUUCCUGCUGCCCGCCCUCAUCAUCACCAUCUGUCAGAUUAGGAUCUUCCGGGAAAUUCACAACAACAUCUACUUGAAGUCGGAGCGGAUGGUGAUGGCUGAGCUGAAGAGGAAUGAAAUCCUCUUUUGCUUCCACGGCUUUAAGAAGGAGGACGAGCGAGCCAGGGAGAGAGGGAGGCAGCUGAUAGGGGCCGGGGGCCGGGAGGGGAGAGGGGCACAGCUUUUAAAGGCUGCAAAUGACAGUCCUCACUGUCACAUUCACAACAGCCACGUGGGCGAGCGUUACGACUACGUUCCACCUGUUAUCCAGUACAGUAGCUGCUGCGAGCACCAAACCACAGCAGCGACGGAAGAGCAAACGCCCAGCAGCUCGGAUUUCCACGAGUCUCUCACAAACUCUCCCCGCACCUCCCUCGAUUAUGUUCCCCCGCCUCCUCAUCCUGUCACCCCACCCCCAAGCAUCACUAAAGCCAUGUCCAAGACAGUGAGGAUGACCCUUGUCAUCGUGCUGGUCUACACUGUCUGCUGGUCACCGUUCUUCAUCGUCCAGCUGUGGGCAGCCUGGGAUCCCGACCCUCCCAAUCAAGGAGUGGCUUUCACCAUCCUGAUGCUGCUGGCCAGUCUCAACUCGUGCACCAACCCUUGGAUCUACACCGCCUUUUCCAGCAGCGUGUCUGGAGAGCUCCAAAACCUGCUUCACUGUCGGUCACGGCUUGGCCGACGGGGCUCCCUGCCCGAUGACUCCACUGCCACGCACACUUCCACCACCAAGGACAACCAGUACUGACAGAGGCAGACGGGACGGAAGCUCACGCACCGAGAAAUGCAUGGAAAUGCAAGGACGUGCUGCUGCACACAGAUCCACCACCGCUCACGCUCCUGCAAUCACUGGAUGCAACAACACGCUGCUUGAUAACAGCCUGACCUCCACCAGAUGUUUGCACCAACAACGGACAGCUGUUCUGACAGCAGGACAUCUAUCUGUCAUCACCUGACCGCCCCACCCCUACAGUGAAGGAAGGGUGUCAUUGAAAGGCGUCAACACCGUGCGCAGGCCUGCCUUUUUGGUGCAUCUGUGAUGCAAAAUGACCUGGAAAGUAAAGAGAUUUUCACCUCCACAGCUUCUGAGUUUGUUCAGUGAUUCAUGUGAGGAAAACAGAAAGAAAACACUGGCUGAUUCUGACGCAGCAGAGCACGAGGAAUGCAAAGGAGGGAUUGCUAAUAGCCUCGUGGUGAUGUACAAAGCAGCAGCAGACAACAAGCUGUGGAUGGAGAGAAAACCGAGCUGCAGCCGCGUGAGCAGAAAUCAUUCUGCAUACAAAGGAUUUCUGCAAAGAGCUGCAAAACUGGGGAUUAACUUACAGGAAGAAAGAAACAAAAACAAGCCUAUAAAUGGACAGAAAGUCCAGUUAAUGUGUCUGCAUUCUGAGCAAACACAGUUUAAAUGACACUUCCUGUUAUGAACUCUUGGAAGUACUAAACACAAACAUAUAGAAGAAGAAAAAGAAAUGAAAAUAUUCAGUCACAUUCCAUGUGCAGCACAAACAAUGUAAAGUAUAUUUAUUGACUUUGUAGGGCACAUUAUUUAAAAAACAUCUGAAUGUGAAUCAUAAACUAAAGCCGUCAAGCCAAAGAUUUUCUAAAACUUAACCAUCUACGCAGGUCUUAGUGGGAGAGGCGAUCUGGGAUUCAGCUGAAAUGUAAAAUGAAACAAGUCAUUUAAAUCGUCUGAAUAAGUUCAAACCAAGUGCCUGUUGGAUAUUUUUAGAGGAUUAUUCUUCAGCUGUGCUGAUCUUAGACUGAUUCCUCACCAGAGCAGGGAUCAUGAGAUUUGUUAUAUCACACUCUGAGCCAUUUAUGUACUUUUAUUCUCUUAUUUAUUAUUGUAAAAUAAGAAUGUACACAUAUAUAUGUAUAUAUCUAUAUAUGCAUGUUUCAAUCCUGCCUUCCUCCUCCAGUUUUUACCUUGCAUCUGUGCAGAGACUAAUGUAUUAAACCCCCUAACUGCAUGUCAAACUAAAUGUUUUUAUUUUUAUAAAAGCUUAUAGCUCCAUGAGCUACUGCACAGACAGCAGAGCUGAGAUUAGGUUUUCAGAUCCGAUGUUCCUGAUGAUCCCGUUGUGUUUUGUUCAGCGCUGUUGCGAGUGCGAUGCUUUCAAGGUGUCUCGGGAGUGCUGGCCCGGGUCGAGAGGAGAGGCCUCACCUUUUUCCUCUGGGCGCUCGUAGUGUUUGGGAUUCAGGCACGCCACGGUGCAUUUGUUCCCCAGACACGAGCCCACCCCUGCUUUGAUUCGCUGCCAAACAAAAGGUUGCUGCAACAGCGUCCCGCGUCUCACUUUGUUAUAUCAGGAAAUGGAUAAACUUCUCCCAAACCUCCGGAGUAUUCCUGUACUUUUCCUUUCUCCAUCAGGAAGCUGGGAGGUCAGAGGAUGAAUCCGAUGCAUAAAAAUAAAAAAGACUUAAGACUGCC